AUGCCGCCGACCAGCCUUCUACCAGCCUCUGCUGCCGCCUUUGCCCCCAGGGCGUCGCCUACCGUGGUGUUAUCAAGAGUGGAACAGUGGAUGACCGUCACUUUAAAGCGAGUGAACAAAGUGAAGAGGCCGCUAAAUAACGUCGGGCAGCAUACCCGAUGCCUUACAGAGAUCCUCUCCCACCAGAAUGCCAUCUGGAAUUUAUGUUCAAUCAUGCUGCCCAAGGCUCCCGAGUCCAAGCUACCCAAGGAUGAUAACCCGCUCGUGGAUGCUCUCUUUAACUACCAGCUCGCUCAUAUGGAGGCCUACGUCGUGCAUGUCGAUAUGGUCUCACAGAACGAAAUCGCAUUUAAGCUGACUCCAGAGACUAUCGAGACCCUCAUCGACCAUCAUAAGGAAAUCUACUCUGUCGAUACUGCAAGCAAGACAUGGGACUGGCCCGAGAAGGAGAUCCAGCUUAAGAAGCUUCAAGAGGAAUUCGUCCAGGCCGUUAACCGGUUUGUAUACCGGACAAGCGCCUCUGCACUGGAAGGUAUGGAGGAAGAAGGCGCUGGAGAGCUGCUCUGUGGCCUGGCAGACGAAGCCAAAGCCGCUAUCAUGGGACUCUUCGUGCCUCUACUCCCUCCUCCGCCACGAAUUGUCGAUGUGGUGCGUUCUACGCCAUUAGUUCCUUCUUCCACUGGCCCUGAUGAUUGGUGGCAUCAUAGCCCGACCCAGCAAUCGCCUUCCCCAGUUGACUCCUGGGAUGUUCUGCCUUCCAGCCCAAGCACGACGACAAGUGACUCGCAUCCGAAUAUGUGGCCCAACAUCGGCUACAAUGACAUGUCUCUGUCCUCGCCUCCCUCCUCGCACUGCCAGCCCUUCUCGACAGCCGCCUUCACCACGUCAGAGUUCUACGAGUGCCCGACCACCCUAGCCUCCGCUGUCCCUUACCUCCUGCCCGACAUGCUGGUGCAACAUCAGUGUGGUACUGCUGCUGGCAUGGACGGUUUUGUAUGGGCUGAUAGAUACCCUGAAUUUGCUCUUCAGUACGGAACAGCCAUGUAAAGAAGGGCUGCCAUAUCCCAACAAGUAAGAACAGCACGGUACCCACGGUGACAGUUCAAACUACAGACAUACCUAUUCCUACGUCUCAAACAGGAACCCAGCACCAUAAGCAUCAACCGCAUGACUGACGGCGUUCUCCAAUCCUCAUUAAGCGGCAGUGGCAUUCAUCUGGCAUUAUUUCAUUCUCCAUAUUCCCUCAUGUCUGGUUUUAUUAUAUGAUGCGUUCUUUAGCAAGCGUUUGAUUUUUGUGUUUGAUUUAUUUUCGCGUUCAUGUUUUCCGUUGUUUUUUGCAUGAAGAACCGGCGGGUCGGCUACCUCAUUUUUGUUCAUGACAUCCCAAGAGGAUCGUUUUUCUUUUGUUCAUGUCUCGCAUACGAUAUCAUCAAGACUGAUAUGCCUCGCGGCUGGAAAUGUUUUCAUUUAUUACCCCUUUUGUGCCGUGGCAUGCGGAAAAAGCGGUGGUUUUUCCUGGACUGGUAUAUAUACCCCAAGCGCUCACUAUAGGCAGUAUUGGCGGCUAGACCGACCACGAAGCCUGCGCCCGGAUAUCAACCUUCCAGUGGAGCCAACCAUCCGUCUUUCUGUGUCGUUGUCUGGAACUCAUUUCGGUACAGGUUGCCGAACAGGCGAUCCAUUCAGUUGGAUUGGUGAGGAUGAGGACACACGGCGCCCACUGACGUGGGAGUCUUUCUCAUCUGGUAUGGGAAAUUCAUUGCCCCGUCGUUUUUUUUCCGGCUCCGGCCCCUUUCCAGGACAAGUCGGGAUGCUGCUUGCUCUUGGAGGGAAGAUUGGUAUAUGUCCUCCACUGCUGGGCCCUCGUCUGCCUCAUCCUCGUGGCUAACGAGUGCGCGUCGGGAGCUCUGAGUGUCCGCUGCGAACGAUCUGUGAUUGCUUCCCACCGUCGACCCUUUGCUCCCUUCACUAGCAGUAUGUUUGUUGACUCCGCCAUGCUCUCUCUUCAUCAGCUUCUACAUCUCCGGCUUGCCUAAAACGCCGGGGCCAUCUCACUAGGCUCAUCCCCUUUGCUCCAGGCUGGUUGUUCAAUUCUUGUUCAUUUCGGUCAUGUUACUUUUGUCCCUGGAGCGGCCUGUGUUUCUUAUAUGCUCUCCAUUGACUGGAGCUGCAGUAUGGGCCAGGAAUCGGAUGCUGGUUUUAACAUUUUGUGCUCUCUGCUCUUUCAGUUUUCAUCGGAGCUGUGCUUCGUGUGCUACUUGCGUUUGUCUUCCAUUCGCUUGUCGUCAAGUUCGCUACUAUACUUUCAGAAAUACGUAAAAAAUAAAACCCAAAAAAAAGUCAAAUUCAAAA